UGAGUGUCAGAAACGAAGAACAGUUGCUCUUCUAACUCCUCCCCACUUUUUGGUGGGGCUCAAGAGCUUUUGCUGACCUCUUCAAAGAUUUUUCUUGAAUCAUGAGAGAUGAAAUUGCAGCAACAGUUUUCUUUGUCACAAGACUGGUGAAAAAACAUGAUAAACUGAGUAAACAGCAAAUAGAAGCCUUUGCAGAAAAGCUGAUGACAGUCUUGUAUGAAACUUACAGAAGUCACUGGCAUUCCGAUUGCCCUUCUAAAGGGCAAGCCUUCAGGUGUAUCAGGAUAAACAAUAAUCAGAAUAAAGAUCCCAUUCUAGAAAGGGCUUGUGCUGAAAGUAAUGUGAAUUUUUCUCACCUGGGACUUCCAAAGGAGAUGACCAUCUGGGUAGAUCCCUUUGAAGUAUGUUGUAGGUAUGGUGAGAAAAAUCAUCCCUUUACAAUUGCUUCUUUUAAAGACAGAUGGGAGGGAUGGGAGCUAUCUCAACAAAUCAGCCGAGCUGUUAGUAGGCUCACAUUAGACUUAGACGACUACUCCGGUGCUUCCUCCGACGAAGAAAGUUGUAGCAAAGAACCUCAGAUGAUUCCUAAAGUCAGCAAUCCAAAGAGCAUUUAUCAGGUUGAAAACUUGAAACAGCCCUUUCAAUCUUGGUUCCAAAUCCCUCGCAAAAAGAACAUGACUGAUGGCCAAGCCAGUCUCCUGGGAAAUGCUUAUCGCGCAUGGCACAAGAACCCUAAGAGUUACAGGCCUGCUGCUAUGCUGGUUGGGCAGCGGGUAGACAGGUACCACUGGGUCAACACAAACCGAUGA